UUGGGGCUGGUCCGGGACCGGAAGUGCGUGGGCUUCCCGGCUGGCCCUCCUUAGGGUUUUCAGGAAACCUGGAAGCGGCGGCGAUAGUUGGAGUCUAAACACUCUUGUGACGGUCUCCGGGUGCCCUGUGAGAGGAAAGGGGAGGAUGCCACUGGGAUCAUCUUCCUCUUCAAUGCCGCUAUCCUUCCCUUCUCCCUUACCCUCGGUACCAGACAAUAUUUCUAACUCUUCCCCUCCCCCAAUGUCUUACAUCACUUCCCAGGAGAUGAAGUGUAUUCUUCACUGGUUUGCCAGCUGGUCAGGUCCUCAGCGUGAACGUUUCCUACAGGACCUGGUAGCUAAGGCAGUACCGGGAAAAUUGCAGCCACUGCUGGAAAGUCUGGAGCAGCUUAGCGUGUCUGGAGCAAACCGACCACCUUGUAUCUUUGAGUGCCAGCUACGUCUUUGGGAUCAGUGGUUUCGAGGUUGGGCUGAGCAGGAGCGCAAUGAAUUUGUCAGGCAGCUGGAGGUCAGUGAGCCAGACUUCGUGGCAAAGUUUUACCAAGCAGUGGCUGCUACCGCUGGUAAAGACUGAUAGGCCUUAAAAUCAAAGAAGAUAACCAGAGCUGAUGGAGCCGAGGCCACAACUUUACCAUGAGAACUUCAAAUGUAUCACUUAAAGGCCUGGGGAUGGUGUCCCGAUCAGCUGACUGAACUCGCUGACCAGUACAGGCCUGGUGAUUUCAACAGCCGAUCAACUGGACUUCUAGUGUGAAUGUUUUCCAUCUAAGCAAAUCCAGAUCAGCAGUCUGUCUCCUAGCUUACUUCUUUCCAAGAGAUGUCAAAUCCUCAAGAAUUUAAAGACUUCUUUUACAACUAUAACCGAAAGGAAUCUACACAUUAUAACUCAAGCCUACUGCUGGCCCAUAGGGGUAUAAAGUAGAGCCCUUGUACUCCAGAAACAAGAGAGAAGGACAAUAAAAGGUCAUGUUUUUAUAAUUUAGCUGGAUUCAGAUGGCUGCUUUCACCACUGUUACCAAAUUCUGGCAUAAUUAUGUGAUAUCCCAACUACUAGCCUUCCUAGUGAUGAUUUAGUAAAAUUAUGGAAAAAUCAGGAGAUGGAGAUAAUUAGCUGCUCCUUCCUCCACACUGAUGUUUGUUUGAAUCCAAGUAGCAAUGACUUUUUUCUAAAGUAUAUGUGACAUCCUUGGAGCUGGUAUGAGAUGUUCCUAUUCUAUAAGUUUGCUUUACAAUAAUAUGAAA